UUUGUGGGAUUUGCCUGUGAAGAAAGCAACGAGAGAGGAUGUAUCCGCAUGUCGAUGGAAAUUAAAUACGCCGAGUUUUGGCUGAAAGACAACUUAUUCUUCGUCAAUUUUUCCUACGAAUUCAACGUUGAGCUGCAACCACCUCAACAGUGAUACAUCACAUUUGAAGUUAAUGUUGAGCCUCCAGAAGGCAGCUUGGCUGCACUAAUUGCCUCAGGUGUGCAGUUUACUGGCGGCCUCCCCGCGUACGUCCGCACACACAUCUGCUCCCUUGAACGCACCCCUAUAAAAAUGUCCCUUUGAGGAAAACGAAACAUGAACGCGUCCCUAAACCUAUCUGGCAUGGACCUGGACCUUCAAAGGAUGGCGCAGAUGCACCACCGCUACGUCAAGGUGAGCGUCAUUAUCCUCCUGGGGGUAAUAAUCAUUUUGGGGAACAUCGCGGUGCUCCUGGUGAUCACGUCGUCCGUGGCCGGCUGGUCGAGGAGCUCCCGCUAUUUCCUACUCUCGCUGACGGCCGCGGACUCUGCCUUCGGGCUACUGGUCAUGCCCUUAAACCUGUUGGUGAGUCUUCUCAAGGACUACACGGACGGGCCCGACCAGCUGUGUCACCUGGUGGCCUUUUGCAACGCCACAGUGUACGCCACAUGCAUGUACACGCUGGCCGCCAUCAGCCUGGAGCGUUAUGUGGCGGUGCUCUACCCACUAAAGUACUCGUCCAUAAUGACAAGGAGACGGACUCUACUCCUGAUCGCCUUCUCCUGGUGCUUCCCAGCGUGCCUCCUGUCGCCCAUUUGCUUCCCGGGCGGCAUCAUCGAGGUCCGCUUCUCCAACGCCUCGCUCGUAUGCAAUCCGUCCUACUCCAGCAACGUGGGUUACUCGCUGAGCUUGGCCUGUGUCAUCUUCUUCCCGUGCUCCGCGGUCAUGACCUACGCCAAUUUGAGAGUGUGGUCCGCCGCCCGGAGACAGAGCCGCAAACUGCGGCAGUUGGCGCACGUGCAGCGGAGGAGACACAACGUGGCCUCUAGGGUGUUGGUGCCCGUCAUGGCUGCUUACUUUGCUUGCUGGACGCCGUGCAUGGCGGCCAUGAUCUACAACGCACUCUCAGGUAGCUGUGUACCUGAAUGGCUGGAAUUUGUUGUAAUGUGGCUGCCGACAUCCAGCGGUUUUCUCAACUGCAUCUUCUACUUCUGGAUCAACAAAAGCUUCCGUCAAAAGUUCCACCUUAUCAUGCACAGACUUGCCCAGACUGUCUGUCCGGCUCUCGUCGACAACCUGGGAUGGUUCAGAGCCUUGAAGGUUCCGUUUGGCUCGGCGUUUAAUAACAACAAUGUAGUCCAUGAACGUUCUUCGAGCGUUUCCUCCACCGGCACGCUGAUGACCUUGAUCUAACAGUUCUUUCCACAUGAACAUUCCUCAUUAUGAUAGGAGUAGGAGAGGACUUGUGUUUUUAGAGGAAUGACUGGUUAAUGCAUUGAAAGGGGACUUGAGUUGCAAAUGGUUUCAUGCUCGCAUUAGGCUAUGAUGACAAGUGUAUUAAAUAAUUGCAAAUAUGCACUGUAUAAUGUAAUUUGAUUUGUUUUAUUCCCUUUUAUGAACGCGCAGUCUCAAGAUUGUGUUCUGUUUAUAACUCCUCUGUAUUUUGUUUUUGUUUUACCCCAACCUAUUCCGCCCACAGUGUUGCAAGGAUUGAAUGCACUGUCAGUGAACACCUCUUAAAACCACCUUUUAGUAGUUUUAGAGUAAUGCUCGAGCCUAGCCUGUGCACCCUAUACGCCAACAGUCUUUAUUAAACAUAGCUACGAAAUUAGUAUUUUAAUAUUCUGUAGAAGUCAAUUCAGUCGACAUAUUUGGAUGUGUGCAAACGGUCGAUGUCGACAUCUAACAGCUGGGAGAAGUUAACCUUUAAGUCACGCCGUUUGAGUGUACGCAAGGAGAAAAGUAAUUAAGCUGCGACACUGUAGAAAGGUCACUCUGGGUGUGCUUCCAGAAGAUAACUUGGAUAACUUCUGAGGUUGUUUGUUUUGCUGUGACGCUCCUCAUCUGUCCAUCUAACGUCACUGUCGCCGCCGAGGGGCCUCUUCUGAGUGACAGCUGGCGUGAAUGUUGCUUGCAGUGAAAAGGGAGGCGUUCAUUUUGAGCUUUUUUUUUUUUUUUUUACAAAGGUAUAAAAUGUUAUGUAUGUAAAAAAUUUCCUGUUGCAACAUUUUGUUUAAAUUAUUUUUGUAUGCUAAUGGAUUAAGGUUUGAUAAUCAAUGGGUUUGUGAAUGACUACGAAAUAAAGCACUAUGC